AUGGAGCAAAUUCGCCGUCUGCUGUCGCGAUCGAGCAGAAAAAUUCCAAAACAAAACAAGAGACCCCAAAUGCAGAUGAAAGAGCAGCAGUUGCUACAGCAGCUGCAGCAGCUGCAGCAACUUGGAGAGCCAAAGUCUCCCGACAUGCAGCAGCUUCCAGCAGCAACAACGGAUGAAACGUCGGUGCCCUUCUCUCCAGGCAUCGCUUUGACGAGUAACAGAAAGGCAGCGAGCCUCACAAGAGGGACAAAGUCGGGGCGUCACAAUGAGGGUCCCACGAUGGUUUCCACGGGAGCCACAAAGGAAGGCGUUAGCGGGGGCCUCAGGAAGGCUACCCCGAACCACCGUGGGCUCUACAUCAGUGAAUCGCGCCAUGCUUCUGCAAUAGAGCCAAAUCGUGCCACAAAUGCACCACCGGAAGCAUCAGCAGGUGAGGAAACGACAGCAGCAGCAGCAGCAGCAGCCACACGCGAAAGGAAAGCGACAGAAGCAACAGCAGGUGAGAGGCGGAAGACUACAGUAGCAGCCGCCUGCGAAAAGCAAAUAGCAGCGCCAGCGGCAGUUCAGGCAAAUAUCCGUGCAGGGGCCACCGCUCGGGGCCGACCGCACAGUCGGCAACAACUCAGGCGGCCCCAGGGGCCCUCCCGUGUAUCUCGCGACGAUUCUGAGUUGUCACGUUUGGAGUCUCUACUGGGCCAAGGAAGCAUUUGGGGGUACUCAGGGGAUCCAAUUCAGACCGCGGAAAAGGAUCCUGAUGAUUCUCCUAGUUCGCCAAGGGGGAACCUUUGCACCACUGAGGCAUCGUUCAGGGCUACAUCCGGAAUAGAACUAGGGCCCCCUGCCGUUGUUGCUUCUGCUGCUGCCGUCGCUGCAGCUGCUGCUGUUGCCAACAUGCUGCUGUCACCCUGCGAGCCUGCUGCUAUGGCAGCGGCACCGCGUCCUCGCCGUUACUUGCAUGGCUCUUCUACAGCAGCGCCAACUACUGCUGCUGAGGCGGCGACUGCCAACUGCGCAUCGAGGCCUGGAGCUGCCGCUGCUGCUGUUGCUCCUGCUCGGCAGUCGGGACCUCGAGCGCGGACAUUACGAGAUGCGCCGCCUGUGGGCCACCUGGGAACCAGCAGCUUGAAGAAGUCCCAAGAGCAAGAAGACAAGGACACGUCGGGGCUUUCUGCAGCCGCAGCAACACCAACUGCAACAAAGCAAGCAAGGCCAGCUGCUGCUGCAACCGCUGCUGAAGGCACAUCAUAUACUGCUGAUGCCACAGCAAAUGCACUGCCAGCGUAUAAAGUCACGACAGCAGCUGCUGCAGCAGCUGCUGCCGCAGCAGCUGCGGCUACAGCAGCAGCUGCGGCGACCGCAGCAGCAGCUGCGGCGGAGGCGGCGAAUGACAACACCCCAUCAACGUACGCUCAAACCCCUGCGGCCCCUGCAGUGCAACAGCAGCUAAACAAGCACCGCUGCAGCCAGCUCCUAGUGAAGCUCCAAACUGCAGCAACAGGGUCGACGAGGUCAGCAGCAGCAAAAAACGAAGCAACGGCAACGAAUUCAGCGAAAACCAGUGCUGAAGCAAGCAAUCAGACGUCUCGGGUUGUCAACAGCGCAAACGAAGCAUUCAAGAGGAAGUCAGGCGCCAGCUUACGCAACGCGCUUUACGCACAGCAGCAGCAAAUACAGCAUCAGCAACAGCAGCACUCUUAUGAGCAGCAGCCCACUUCACAGCAGGAGCGGCAGCAGCAGCAGCAGCAGCAGCAGCAUGAAAUGACGGCUGCUCAUGCAGCUGCUGACGCAAUAGGACUUGUGCUGAGGCCAUCGGCUCUUGUCCGGUGUUCGCAGACACUUGGCAGGCAACAACUGCAGCAGCAGCAACUGCAAACGAGCCAGAGUUCUGAGUGCUGGAGCAGGAAGGGUUCUCCUCCCCAUUACCGUCGCCUGAAGCAACAGCAGCACCCAGCUGAGCUGCAACAUUUGCUUCUGCAAAUGCUGCAAAAGCACGAACAGAAGCAGCAGCUACGACAGCAACAACAGCACGAUGUGCUCCACGAACAACCGCACCAGCAGGAUGUGCUGCAACAGCAGCAACUACAGGAGCAGCAACAAUGCGGUCAACAGCAACAGCACCGGCGGCAACAAGAACUACAGCAACUGCAACUGACGCAACAGGGGGAACAGGUACAGCAACAGCUGCGGCCUUUUAAUGCGCCUGAGUUCGGUGUUCACUUAGAACUGCUGCACCAUGUUGCUGCUGCUGACGCGACAGCUAGAACAAGCAGCAUCGCUGGCGAGCCACAGCAAAGCUUCGUUACGAGCGAAAUGCUAGCAGAUACGUGGCAGUUUGGCGUGCAGCAGGAGCAGCUGGUGCUGCAGCAGCAACAACAGCUGCAGCAACAGCAACAACUGCAACAGCAACUGCAGCAGCAAGUGGAACAACAGCAGCGAGAGCAAGCGGGACUCCAGUGGAAUGAGGGGCUGCUAUGGCCUUGUGCUUGUCUUAACUGCAGCAGCAACAGGUGCAGCAGUAGUAGUAGUAGCAAUUACCCGGACGACUACAGCUGGAAGGGCUGCACAUUCGCAUUAUGCAGCAGAGACGCAAGCAAUAGGCAGCGGCACCUGGAGGAACAGCAACGGCAGCAACAAGAGCGGCAGGAGGAGGGGCAGCAAAGGCAGCAGAAGCAGGGUACGAACAGCAAUUUCUGUGCGGCAGAAACAACGGCACUAAACGUCGGCUGGUCACAAGUGAACAAAGGUACGGGAACAGAAGUUCUUUUGCUGCAGAAGGACCUGCUUUCGCAGCAGCAGCUGCAGCAGCAGCAGAACACGAAGCAGUGGCAGCAGCAAGUGGUAGCUGGUGUGGAUAUAAUCCAGCAGCAGCAGAACCACCGCCAGCAGCUGCAUCAGGGGCAACAGCAGCAGCAACAGGAUCCGCAGCAGGACCAUAAAAAGCAGCAACAGUUGCAGGAUGAGGAUCAACACUUGGAGAUGCUUCAGCAGCAGCAGCAGCAGCAACAGGUGCAUCAGGAGCAGCAGGACUUGCAACAACAGGAGCUACAAGACCUGCAGCAGCAAGAGCAGCAGGAGAUCCAGCAGCAACAGCAUUCGCCAGAUAUUCUGCUGCCACUUCUGCCACACGAGAGGACCCAAGUGCUGCAGCAAAUUCAAUAUAAGUUAAUGGAGUCUGCACUGCUGAAGCGGCAGAUGCAGCAUAAGCAACAGCAGGAUCAACAGCAGGCAGUAAGGAUAGAGCAGCAGCAACAGGCCGUGAGAACAGAGUUGCAGCAAGAGCAGCAGGCGAAGACAGGACUGCAGCAGCAGGCAGUGAGGCAAGAGCGACAGCAGCAGGCAGCGAAGACAGAGCCGCAAGAUUCCCGAGAUGAAGAAGACACAGACGAAGGCACAGAUGAGGCAGCACCAGCAGCAACGUCUUGCACCAGCAGUACGGGUGCUCAGAGCCCGCCACCCUCGGCUGUACAGCAACAGCAGCAACAGCAGCAGCAAGAGCAGCCGCACUCCAACGUCGAGAAUGACGGCCCUGAGUCUUUUUGUUGGCACACGGAGGCCGAAGGGCUCUGUCGAGUCACUGUACGUGCAGCUGCCGACAAUAGCAGCGACACCAACCGCAGUAGCAAGGGCAAGCAGCCCAAUGCAGCACAGAAAAAGUUGAGAAGCCCAUCCCUUUCUGUGAGGCCUAAAUGCCGCAUACCCGUAUCCUACAAACUCGGAUAUACCAAAGACCAGCAGCUGCUGCAGCAAUGA